GGCGCUAGCCCUGACGUGUCUCUCGGCGAGGCGCGGCGCUCCAGAGCAGGACUGGCGGCCCCGGAGCCGCGGUCGGAGUGUAGCGGAGCCGGAGCGCGACCCGGAGGCCGACCCGGAGUCCGACCCGGAGCCGAGCAGCCGCCGCCAUGGCGAUCAAGUUUCUGGAAGUCAUCAAGCCCUUCUGUGUCAUCCUGCCCGAAAUUCAGAAGCCGGAGCGGAAGAUUCAGUUUAAGGAGAAAGUGCUAUGGACCGCCAUCACCCUCUUCAUCUUCUUGGUGUGCUGCCAGAUCCCCCUGUUUGGAAUCAUGUCUUCAGACUCAGCCGACCCUUUCUAUUGGAUGAGAGUGAUCCUCGCCUCUAACAGAGGCACAUUGAUGGAGCUGGGUAUCUCUCCCAUCGUCACCUCCGGCCUCAUCAUGCAGCUCUUGGCUGGCGCCAAAAUAAUUGAAGUUGGUGAUACCCCAAAAGACCGAGCCCUCUUCAACGGAGCCCAAAAGUUGUUUGGCAUGAUCAUUACCAUCGGCCAGUCCAUCGUGUAUGUGAUGACAGGGAUGUACGGAGACCCUUCUGAAAUGGGGGCUGGGAUCUGCCUGCUGAUCACCAUUCAGCUCUUUGUUGCUGGCCUAAUUGUCCUGCUUUUGGAUGAACUUCUGCAAAAGGGGUACGGCCUGGGCUCUGGGAUCUCCCUCUUCAUUGCCACAAACAUCUGCGAGACCAUCGUGUGGAAGGCGUUCAGCCCCACCACUGUCAACACCGGCCGAGGAAUGGAGUUUGAGGGCGCCAUCAUUGCACUGUUCCACCUGCUGGCCACACGCACAGACAAGGUCCGAGCCCUUCGCGAGGCGUUCUACCGCCAGAAUCUCCCCAACCUCAUGAAUCUGAUCGCCACCAUCUUUGUCUUUGCAGUGGUCAUCUACUUCCAGGGCUUCCGUGUGGACCUGCCCAUCAAGUCGGCCCGCUACCGAGGCCAGUACAACACCUACCCCAUCAAGCUCUUCUACACCUCCAACAUCCCCAUCAUCCUGCAGUCCGCCCUCGUGUCCAACCUCUACGUCAUCUCCCAGAUGCUGUCCGCCCGCUUCAGUGGCAACCUGCUGGUCAGCCUGCUGGGCACCUGGUCGGACACUUCUUCUGGCGGCCCGGCACGCGCCUACCCCGUUGGCGGCCUUUGCUAUUACCUGUCUCCUCCCGAGUCUUUCGGCUCCGUCUUGGAAGACCCCGUCCAUGCCGUCGUGUACAUAGUGUUCAUGCUGGGCUCCUGCGCCUUCUUCUCCAAGACGUGGAUUGAGGUCUCGGGCUCCUCUGCCAAAGACGUGGCAAAGCAGCUGAAGGAGCAGCAGAUGGUGAUGAGGGGCCACCGAGAGACAUCCAUGGUCCACGAGCUCAACCGGUACAUCCCCACGGCCGCGGCCUUCGGUGGGCUUUGCAUCGGGGCCCUCUCCGUGCUGGCCGACUUCCUGGGUGCCAUUGGGUCUGGAACCGGGAUCCUGCUCGCGGUCACCAUCAUCUAUCAGUACUUUGAAAUCUUCGUCAAGGAGCAGAGUGAGGUCGGCAGCAUGGGGGCCCUCCUGUUCUGAGCCGUGGCUGCGGCCCAGGCAGAGGCGGCGCGCUCCACCACGGCCGGGAGGGAGCAAGGAGGCCACGCCGUGCGCGCCGUCGCGGGGGCGCUGCUGCGGC